AUGCUGUUCCGGUGGUUGAUUGCUGCUCUCUUCGUGGCCCAAGGGUUCGCCCUUGAUUCACGGAUCACCAACGGUGAGACUGCAAUCCCCCACAAAUACCCAUACCAGGUAUCCGUGCAAUGGGGACUCCCUCCUCUCAUUAAAUACCGUCAUAUAUGUGGCGGCUCCAUCAUCCACCCAAGCUGGAUCCUGACUGCUGGCCACUGCAUCACUGAAAUACCCAAGGUUGGACGGCUCCGUAUCAGCGCCGGAAAGCAUGUCAUUAAUAAGAAUGAGCCCGGACAGGAGGACCGUCUCGUUACCCGCAGGCUGAUCCAUCCGAGCUACCCAGGAGGCAUAGCCCAACACGAUAUUGGUCUUCUCCACCUGCAGUCUCCCUUGACCUACAAUGACCUCAUUCAACCGAUCGCCCUCCCUGCCGCGAAAAAGCAGCACACUGGCGAGUCUGUUACCACCGGUUGGGGUUCCAUCUCUACUGAGAAAGUUCCCCGUUACCCAUCCGAACUGCAGGCCCUUCAAGUCCCCAUCAUUGACCAUGACACGUGCUUUGAAUCCCUCAAGGAAGCACCUGGCCCCGUCGAACUAUUCGACACUCAAAUCUGCACUGGACCAAUCGGUGGAAACCAAUCCACUUGCUCUGGGGACUCUGGUGGCCCACUCGUCCAGUUCAACGCUGAUUUGAAACCCGAACAAGUUGGCAUCGUCUCUUGGGGCACGUUUCCAUGUGGAACCGCUGGUACCCCAGCUGUCUACACUCGUGUCUCGUCUUAUAUCGAUUGGAUUCAGGACAAAAUCAAACGUGAAAACGAGGAUGAGUCAAUUGAUCAGCAAGCAAUGUCAGAUGAUGAUCAACCACUUCAGACAGACUCAAACCCUCAAAACACUGAUGUCAACAAGAAAAGCUCUGCUGGUCAGACAAUGAAAUCAGAACGAUCCAGCUGUGAAGAACAAGGGAUAUCUGAAGCAGAGGAACGACAUGUGAAGAAACUGAAGAGAGAACCUCAACUCCAGGAGAUGCACUCAGUUUCAAUAAAUAAUACAAAUGUCAAAUAUCUAAUUGAUCUCACCCAGGAACCAAUGCCCACCACACCACAAGAAUUGAACGACUCAAAGAGAAAGAAGCCACAGGCAAUGAAGCAGGAACAAAAAAAUCCAGGCUCAUCAUCAAGAUUUAAUGAUCACGAAUUGAGCAAGAAUCAAACAUGCUCGACAUCUUCAGAGUACGAGGUAUCUCGUCAUCGCCAGGUAAAGAUGAUUUCAGGACAAGCAGAAGAAGAUGUGAAGCCUCGACACGAUUAUCUUCAGGUGAAAAAUCAUCAAUUGCAGAGGAAGCAAGAGACAAACAGAAACACUCAAGGCUUUAAUAUCCAGUUUGAUAAGACAGACUCUUCAUAUGCUGCUGAUGACGAGAAAUGGUCGUCAGAAGAUCAGAAUGGAAGUGACUCUUCUCCAGAUAUUUUUGAUGGUCAAUCUGGGAGUCAACACGUGGAUUUCAAUGACGAAGGCCAUUCUUUUUCAGAAGCAUCAGAUAAAAAGCUGUUUUGUCUCAAUCCUUCAUUGCAAGCCUCAAUAAUUUCUUCAGAUGGUGAAUCUGAUGGGGAGAAUCUACAAGGAUCACAUUGGGUGACACGAAGGAAGUACAGACGAAGCAUAAAUAUAGGAAAGAAUCAUCAUGUACUAGUGUCAAGUCGGUUCUUCGAGGUCAAUUUUCGUCAAGAGUACAGUCGACUCGAAUGGGGUCAAUGGGCCUGCAACAAAUGCCCUCGGAUUUUGAAGAAUGAACAGCGAGCGGAGGAUCACGUCUGGGUUGAGCAUUAUGGGGGUAAAUAUGAAUGCCCUCAUUGUACUCGUUCCAGGACUUUUUUCUCAUGCAGGCAGAGCAUACGAGUGCAUAAUCGAAAACAACAUUCUCGUCUGCACGAAGCCAUGGACAUCUAGAAUGAACUCAAUAACUGAUCUUCAAGCUGUUUUACUCGUUUUAAUCGUUGCCAAAUGUCUAAAUAUGAUGAUAAUAAGUAUUCCUUGCGGGAUUUAUUUUGAUAAAUCUUUUUAUUGGAUAGUAUCGUGUGAUAAACAUUUUGUUUAGUUUAGUUCGGGAAAAACGAACUGAGAAUCACCUCUGGAUUGAGCAUUAUGGGAGUAAAUUCGAGGGCCCUCAUUGUACUGGUUCCAGGCCUUUUUUCUCAUGCAGAUAAAGCAUACGAGUGCAUUAUCAAAGACAGCAUUCUCGUCUGUACGAAGCCAUGGGCAUCCAGAAUGAGCUCAAUCACUGAUCUUCAAGCUUUUUUACUCGUUUUAAUCGUUGCCAAGCGUCUAAAUAUGAUGACAAUAAGUGUUUGUUGCGUGAUUUGUUUUGAUGAAUCUUUUUAUUGGAUAGUAUCGUGUGAUAAGAAUUUUGUUCAGUCUAGUUCCUGAAAAACGAGCUAAGGAUCUUGUCUGUUAGAGUUAAUACAAUUUGAUUUUUCUAAUGGUAGGAGAACAAAAUAGAGUGGCAAAACGUAGAAGAGUUACGUUGAAGAACUUCUGUUGAAAUAAAGCUGAGAAAUAUAAAGGUUAUUAGUAUUCUCCCUAAACUAGACAGUCGUCAGGUAAGUCAAUAAUAUUCAU